AUGGUUUAAAUUUAUUAUUUGAUUUUAUUAGGUUCAAAUUGACUAGAAUUUUGAAGAAAGUAACAAUAAAAACUAUUUUUUGCUGGAAAGUUUAAAGGCGCAUGGACAUGUUUGAAAAAGAGGUCUCGAGGCGAAGAGCCGUUCCUUCUUCUAUUCUUGGGAUUUCAAGACUUCUGCGCCUUUGAACAAGUCAGCAAUGAAUUUCAUUUUCAACGGAUUUCAUGAGGGUCCUGAAAAGCGAAUUUAUCAAAAAACGCCAAAAUUAUUUGCAAGGAAAAAAAUUGCAGUCGCGUUCUAGUACUGUGGGAACUGGCGAUACCUCGUACGAAACGUGAGAAAUUAUUCUCAUUAUUUUACUGUAUCCUUGAUUUUUAGAACUGAAAAAGAAGGCACUUCGCCGGGUGAGGAAAAUUUGAUUCACUUCAAAAUUAAGAAAAGCAUCGACUAAAUUCGUUAAAUUCAUUUGUCAAAAUGUUUUUUCCAUUUUUUUUUCAAAUAAUUCAGUGAGACACUUGAAAAAAAAUCGUUUUUUCAACUUAUUCAAUUUGAAAAUCUAUAGUUUCCACCCCAAGUACCACUUUCGACUUGGAUUUUCUUCUGGAUGCACUUGACCCACGUGCAGGUUCGUAUCCACAGUUGAUGCGCAGUCAAUCAUUGAUUUAUUCUAGAAGAAGUCGUGAAAGUUAGCGCAGUGGACCUGGAAUGGAUCAACAAGGCGAAGGCGUUCACCGCGGCCGAGAAGCCAGACCCUAAGUCCGUUAAGGUUUGAUUUGGACAUGAUUGUGAAAAAACGAAAGAGAAAAUUAUCGAAAUAUGCUUAUAGAAAUAGAAAAAACCGUUUUCGAAAAAAAAAAGCAAGUUUGUCGUAAAAUAUAUUGUAUUGGUGCAAACACGGUCGUGUUGAAAUUGCACCGCGAAUGCCAGACUUUACGAGCGACGGAUUUUCUUCAAUUUUUAUCUGCUUUAUGUCUAUUUUUUUAAAGUUUUUCUUUUAUUGAUAAAGGGAAAACAUUUUAAAUUAAUUUUUUUCAGUUCAGGCCCCAAAAUAAACCGAAAUGCUUUUUUUUUUCAAGUUGAUUCUUUUUUUUCAGAGAAUCUUGCCGAGACGCUAUCGACGACCUCGUCGGACCCCCGGCCGCAGAUGGGCUACGUUACGUCGGCAGGUGGGAGAAUGAAUAUGACACGAAAAUGCGCGUCUCAAAGUCUCAACCUACAAAAAGUCCUAAUUGGCUCAAAGUCUCAAAAACGACCUAUUUUUGGAUUUUCUUCGACUUUGGGAGGUCCAUGUUACUGUGAACGUCUGUUAACGAAUAAAUUAUAAAUUAGCCUUUUUUUGAUUUUUCUGUAUGAUUAAAAGAGCUACCACCUAAAAAAAAAGAGAAAAACGGCUACUGGAGCAAAAAUAUAUUUUUGAAAACCUUUUUUUCAGAUUGAUGGCGUUGUGGAUGCACGGAAUCGUGCGCAAGAUGCAGCGAGCCUUCAGCAGCAGUCCGAAGAUGAACAGUCAGACGCUCUGACCACCGCUUCAGAUGUUGGUCAAUUCUCCUUCUCCUUUGAAUAAUCCAUCUUCUUUUUUUCUAUUCCAGGCCUGA